CGAAGAAAAGGUCGUGCGUCGUAGAAAAGACUUUGUUGAGGCAUUUGUUGAAGAAUUUCACUUCUUCCAAAAGUGUCUGAGUUUAUAAGUUGUUCUAUUGACGCUAUUUAAAGAUAGCGACAGCAUCAUGUCGCUUUCAAGUGUGCUACCUGCCCCGACGAAUCCCGUAUGGGAUAGGGACGAUGAACGCAAAAUGAAAACACCAUCGAUGGGCGCCUUGGUAAGUGCGAAGGUUGCAGCACCUCCGUACGGACAGCGAAAAGGAUGGAUUCCGCGGACGGAAGCCGACUUUGGCGAUGGCGGAGCUUUUCCCGAAAUCCACGUCGCACAGUACCCACUAAGUAUGGGUGCCCCCGGAAAUGCGUCGAAGAAAUCGAACGCGCUCGCAGUUCAGCUGGAUCAAACGGGGAAGGUUAAGUACGAUGCUAUCGCUCGACAGGGACAUUCCAAGGAUAAAAUUGUUUAUUCGAACAUUAAUCAACUGCUACCGGCCGAAGUACUGGCCGAAGAUGCUGAGGAACUGCAAAAGCCCGAUGAAGAGACCAUCAGCGACAUCACGGAAAAGACUCGCAUGGCUUUGGAAAAGCUGACAAACCAGAAGAUUGUUUCAGCAAUGCCGGUUCGAGCUGCAGAAAAGCAGGCUCCAGCCCAGUACAUCCGCUACACACCGUCACAACAAGGUGAUGCGUUUAAUUCCGGGGCGAAGCAGCGCAUCAUACGUAUGGUAGAAGCGCAGGUUGAUCCUAUGGAACCACCUCGUUUUCGAAUUAAUAAAAAAAUCCCACGAGGACCACCAUCACCGCCCGCACCCGUGCUGCACUCACCCACGAGGAAAGUAACGGUAAAGGAGCAGAAAGAAUGGAAAGUUCCUCCCUGCAUAUCCAACUGGAAAAAUGCCAAGGGAUACACUAUACCACUUGACAAGCGUCUGGCUGCCGAUGGGCGUGGGUUGCAGCAGGUACAUAUUAACGAGAAGUUUGCCAAAAUGGCCGAAGCGUUGUACAUCGCCGACCGUAAGGCUCGCGAGGCCGUAGAAGCUCGAGCUCAGUUGGAGAAGAAAUUGGCGCAAAAGGAGAAGGAAAAGAAGGAGGAUAUGCUUCGACAGAUGGCACAGCGGGCUCGUGACGAACGUGCUGGAAUUCGCCAUCCGGAUGCAGCGGGCGAUGGUGCAGCAGGUGGACCAUCCUCUGCCGAGAUACGCGAAAGAGAUGAAAUCCGUGCCGAACGACACCGAGAGCGGGCUCGUGAUCGCAACCUUGCCCGGGCUGCACCGGAAAAACGUUCCAAAUUGCAGCGUGAACGCGAACGAGACAUUUCUGAACAGAUUGCACUGGGAAUGCCUGCUAAAACAAACCUUUCCGGCGAAUCACAGUUUGAUCAGCGUUUGUUUAAUACCUCGAAGGGUAUGGACUCCGGAUACGGGGACGAUGAAGCGUACAACGUGUACGAUAAACCCUGGCGUGAGUCUGGAACUCUUGGACAGCAUCUGUACCGACCAAGCAAGGCACUGGAUAACGAUGCUUACGGGGCGGAUCUGGACAAGAUCGUUAAUACUAAUCGCUUCGUGCCGGACAAGGAAUUCAGUGGAACGGAUCGCAGUGGCCAAGCGGCGCGUCAGGGACCGGUGCAGUUCGAAAAGGAAGAGGAUCCAUUCGGUUUAGAUCAGUUCUUGAGCAUGGCCAAGAAAGCCCCGAAACGCAAGGAAGAUUCUUCUGCUGGACCGAGUGGUAGUGGGAGUGGUAGUAGCAGCAAUCGCGACAAGGACCGUAAGAAACGUAGGGAUUAGCUGGAUUCUGUGCGGCAUUUGUAAACGAUUUCUUUUAUGUUUCUACUCAAAUUGGAUGUAACCGCACUCACACUAACGAUACAUAGGACACGGUUCAAACUUUUGCAUAUGUACGUUAAUUUUAAAUGCUCCAUACUCCCAAGAAACUUUUUAGCUGCAUCAUAUGGAAUGUGCUUUUUUGUUCUUACAGUUAGUUUAUAAAAUAUGAUAAAAAUGAGAAUAAAUAAAUAAAUCGUCACCAAACUUCUUCAU